UUGCUUCAUUGUCAGUUUGUUUCCCAGACUGAGAACAGUCCCUCGGUUGCCUUGUAUCCAUUCUCGAGGAUAUCUUCAUCAUGCCUGUAUUCACGCUGUACACUAAUAUAUGCCACAGCGCAAUGCCCCAGACCAUCAUGACUGACUUGUGGAAGCUUUUUGAACAGACAUUAGAUGUACCAGCGAAGUACAUUGCAGUGAUUAUUCACCCUGAUCAAAAAGUGAUUUUUGGUGGAACAAAAGACCCCUGUGGCCUGUGCAGUCUGCAAAGAAUUGGAAUGGCUGAUGGUCUGCGAAAUGAACACUACUCACGGAUAAUUUGCGAGUUUCUACAAAAACAUCUACAAAUACCUCCUGACAGGGUUUACAUCAACUUCAUUGACAUUAUUGGAGCUAAUGUUGGCUGGAACAGUAGUACCCUUGCUGGAUUUGAAAAUAAAAGUGGGAAUACAAAGGUGUAAUCGUAGCUAUUUGUAGCUAUAAUGUACCUGAAUGCUUCAUCUGAUUAUAUUGUACUUUAUUCAAUAAAUAAUCAAGAUAAACAACA